AUGCCGCCAGACAGGGCCAAAACGGCCUGCAACUCCUGCCGAGAGAAAAAACGGAAGUGCAAUGGCCACCAGCCGUGUAGCAAUUGCGUCAAAUCCGGCCACGACUGCAUCUACGUCCUGAAUCCGCGCAAGCGCCGGCGUCCCAAUGGAGGAUCUUCGAACCCAGCCGAUUUGCGCGAAAGCUCGUCCCCCGAAGGACCGGCAGCUAUCAAUUCGGGGGUCGUAUUGGCAAGUAAACUUGCCGGGGCUGCGAUUGUUCCCUUCCCCGUGCGCCUCUGCUCGUGGAAUCUGGGGCUGUCGCCCAUAUAUAGAGGCCCGGAUCUUGAGGAUACCUCUAUCAAGCUAGUUUCUGCACCGUCUUUCAUCACGGAGUUCUUGACGAAUGGGGAUUUCCGUGCCAUGGUGGAUACGUACUUCAAGGACAUACACCCUGUGUAUGACUUCCUCGAUCCCGAAAUGGUAACCCGUGCCGUUGACUAUGUGAUGUCCGAGAGACCCUCGCUGUGUCAUCCCAAGCACUGUUGCUCUUGA